AUGCCUGCCAUUCGCGGUCAAGACUCGAAGAAGAAGACUCGCCGUCACACGCGCGAUCUCGAUCAGAUCCACGACGACAUUCACAAGGAGAAGCAUUUGGAGAAGUACAAGAGCACAAAGGCUGCAGAAGACCUGCCUGGCCUGGGACAAUUCUACUGCGUAGAGUGCGCCAAAUGGUUCGAGUCUGAAGCAAACUUGACCGCACACUCCAAGGGCAAGCCUCACAAGCGCAGAGUUCGUGCGCUCAAGGAGAAGCCUUACUCGCAGAAGGAAGCCGAUGCUGCCGCUGGUCUGACCUGGACAGACAACGGCAAGCCCAAGGUCGACGACCACGAGCUCGAGAUGGCCGAGGCUACCUGA